AUGGUGCGCUUCCACUGGCCCGUGGAGGGCGGCCACUCGGCCUGGGUGCCCUCGGGCGGCAUGAAGGUGGAUGAGGCGGCGGGGGUGCGCCACAUCACUCUGGACAUGGAGCUGGCGGGCCAGAACGAGACGGUGAUGAGCCUGCUGACGGUGCCCGGGGACUACCUGGAUGCGACCAAGGUCAGCCCGCUGGGCAUCGUGCUGGGCCACGGUUCGGACGCCGAGGGCAGCUGGCGGGGGCCGCUGCUGGAGCGGCUGGCCGGCGCGCUGGCGGCGCAGGGCCACGUCGUCAUGCGCUACUACUGCCCGCUCAAGGAGCAGCGGCGGCACCGCAUCUUCGAGAAGGCCUUUGACGUGGCCGCCACCUCGCCCUACGCCCGCCCCGUCGCCAAGUGGGCGUUUGUGGGGUUCGACAAUGGGGCCCGCAUCGCGGCGGGAGUGGGCAGCAAGGUGGGGGCGCGCGGCACGGGGCUGCUGGCCGGCUUUGCCCUGCUGUCCUACCCGCUGCUCGACCCGGCCCCGCCGCCGCCCAAGCAGAAGCUGGGGGCCGUCCCGCCGGCAGAUUCGGUGGGCCCGCUGACCAAGCUCAACGAGCUGCGCCUGCCCGCGCUGUUUGUGUGCGGCGAGUUUGACCGGCUGUGCCCCGGGGCGCGCCUCAAGGAGACGCUGGCAGAGGUGCUUCCAGACGUGGAUGUGCGGGUGGUGGUGCUGGAGGGCCUGAGCGGCCGCUUCUGCGUGCCCGGCACCAAGGAUCUCGCGGAGGAGGUGGCCCAGCAGGUGGUGGGCCAUGUGCGGACCUUUGUGGCGGCGCUCAGCCAGGCAGGCGGCAUGGCGGCCUGCCCGCUGCCCAAGGCCGCCGAGCUGGAGCCAUCUGUGCGGCCGCUGCCGGAUGUGCCAGAGUCGCCCAAGCGGGAGGCCUCCCCCGAGGUGGAGGAGGAGCCCGAGCCGCCGCCGCCGGCCAGGAGGGCUUCUGCGGCGGCGGGGCACGGCGGGCGCGCCGCGGCCGCGCGCGGGCCCGCGGCCGCGCCGCCGCACCCGGGCAUGCGGCAGCAGAUACCACCGGGCAUGGUGGCGGUGGUGGGGCCGCACGGGCAGCCCAUGCUGGUGCCGGCGGCCAUGGCUGGCAACCCCGCCGCGCAGCAGCAGCUGCUCUUCCUGCAGCAGCAGAUGAUGGCUGCGCACAUGCAGCAGCAGCAGCAGAAGCAGCAGCAGCAGCAGCAGCACGCGAGCGGCAUGCCCACGCCGCAGCAGCAGAUGCAGAUGCAGAUGGCGAUCCUGCAGGCGCAGAUGGCGGCGGCCGCCGCGCGGCCGGCGGCGGCGGCGGCCCAGCAGCCGCAGCAGGCGGCGCCUGUGCAGCAGCAGCAGCAGCAGCAGGCGGCCCCUAUGGCAGUGGACCCUCAGUGA